AUGACGUUGCAAAUGGGCUUUGGUGACACAGUCACCACUAUUUGGAGUAUGUUAGACGAAAAUUAUUGGGAUAUUAAAUAUGUAGGAAUAAUAUAUAUAUCGUAUACUGUUGGUUUGGCUUCUUGCUAUUUUUUGAGAAAAAUAUGUCCUCAAUCUUUUGUUAAUUUUAUAAAACUUUUAAAAGGAGUUUUAGUUUCAAUAAUUUCUGUGAUGAGCUUGAAAUAUUUAAACAUAAAUACCAGAGUAGGCAUUAAUUUACUUCACAUAUAUAAUAUUGUGCAAGUGUGUAGUUUUUUAGAAGUAUUUAGCAUAAGAACUAAAAGCCAAAAUAAAAAGUUGUCAAACGAUCAAACAGUAGUCGUUAAUAAAUAUGAGUUAGAUAAUGAAAAUGUAGAUCAACACACAUUAAUAGGGGAUGCGUCACAACAUUUAGAAAAAAUAGCAAAGACUAUUUUGAGUGACAAAAAAUCCUUAGAGGAAAAUACAGGAAUAUUAAAAGAAAAGGAACUUAUAGAACAAAUUGAACAAGAAGAAAAAAAAGAAGAAGAAUAUAUGAAGGCAAAAAAUAUUAGUAAUUCCAAAAAAAGAAAUAAUAUAAAUAAAAUAAAUUUGGUUUGGAUUUAUGUCUUACUUUCAAAAACAUUCAAUGUAAUAUUUUUUUCUUUAUUUUGGAAGUUAAUACCCAAUUUGGCAAUAGUAAAAAUAUUUUUGACCUUACAAUUAUGUACAAGCUUGAUUUAUACUGCUAAUAAUGUUUGCAAAAACAAUUCAAAUAUAAAACUAUUGCAAAAAAUAAUAGAUGGGCUUAAUAUUGUAUAUUAUAUUUUUAUAAGUUUAUUUUUUACAAAGAUAUUGUAUACAUUUGAUGACAAUUAUAAUAAUAAUAUAAUACAAAAUUUCGCAGUUGUUUCUAUUGUCUUUCAUAUGUAUUAUGGAUAUAUGGCAUUUGUUAAAUAUAUUUAUGAUUAUUAUAAACAAUUCAGACCAUCGUUAUUUUCAUUUAUAUUGUUUUUUCAUGUAUUUUCCAUAAUCGGAAUAAUAAAAUUGUAUCACCAUGAACACCGAAAAUCCUUGUUAAUACAGUGCAUAACAUUUUAUCUCAUUAAUGGAUUUGGGAUAACAUUUGGCGCACAUCGAUUGUGGUCACAUAGAGCAUUUAAAGCUAGUACAUUCGUACAAGUUUUAUUUCUAAUUUUGAAUAGUUUUGCAAAUCAAGGUAGUGUAAUAAUAUGGGCAAAGAAUCAUCGUUUACAUCAUAAAUAUAGUGAUACAAAAUAUGAUCCUCAUAAUAUAAGAAAUGGAUUUUUUUAUAGUCAUGUUGGGUGGUUAUUAUAUCAGAAAACAAAAUUUGUAAAGGAAAAAGAAAAGGAAAUUUAUGUUGACGAUCUAUUACAAAAUCCAAUUCUUAUGUUACAACAUAAAUUAGAUCCAUAUUUCAACUUUUUUUUUUGUUUCAUAAUACCAGGUAUAUAUACCUACUAUAUGUAUAACAAUUUUUGGGAUGGAUUUUUAAUUUUAGGGGCUCUUAGAUGGAUUAUUACCUUACAUGCCACAUGGUCAAUUAAUAGUGCUUCUCAUUCAUUUGGGCAUAGACCAUAUAAUGAUGAUAUAAAAGCUUCUAACAAUAUCUUUACAUCAAUAGUAGCUCUUGGAGAGGGAUGUCAUAAUUAUCAUCACGUAUUUCCAUAUUGUUAUGCUAUGAAUGAAAAUUUUUAUAUUCUUAGUAUAAACCCCACAAAAUAUGUAAUACAGCUUUUUUAUUAUUUGGGAUUAGUAUGGGAUUUGAAAUCAGCACAAAAUAUAUGUAAAGAAGUACGAUUAAGAGAAUCAUUAAAAAUAGAACAAAGAAAUAAAAGAUUAAGUGAAAACAUUAAAAAUCAAAUAUUGAAAAAAGAAGACACAAGUUAUAUAACAGAUUUAAUGAAUUCCUUUAAAGCAUUUUGUAACGAUUAUAUAAAUAUUUCUACAUUUAUGUAUAUAUUAUACUUUUUAAGAGAUAUUACUAUUAUGCUUAGUAUUUUCCUAAUCCACAUAUGGUAUUGUUAUAAUAAAUAUGGAAAUGGAACAGCCUUUUCAAAUUUAUCAUUAGAAAAUAAUAAAAUUUUAAAUACUGUUUUGUUCACACUAUUUCAUAUAAUCCUAUAUGCCUUACCCAUGGGAACGAUGUUUAUAAGUCUCUACUCAUUAGUUUAUGAAUCCAAAAGGGGAUUAAUCUUUAAAAAUCAAUUCCUUAACAACUUAUUUGGUAGCAUAAUAUCAUCUUUUAUUUUAUUACCAUAUUCCUCUGAAAAAUCAAGAAAAUCUUUACUAACAUCACUAAAUGAAGAUUUCUUUAAAGUUUUAAAAGGGCCAAUAUACUUUGAUUUAUAUACAACUAUUUUUUCUUUAGUAUCAGUAUUAUAUGGAUUUAUUGCUUACAAAUUUGGGCACUUUUAUUUUUGCACCUUUUUCGUAAUACCAUAUAUAGUUUUUAAUGCGUGGUUAUUACUUUAUAUUUAUUUGUUAAAGAAUCCACCAUGCUUAAAUGCCCAUAUACAUUCAAAGGACGUAGAUAUAAAUAUUUUAAAUUAUGUUGCCUUUCAAUCAUUAUUGGAAUGGAAAAAAAAUAAUUCAAUUUACCAAAGCAAGAAAAGAUUAUAUAAAUUUGUUUUCUCCUUUAUCAAUUUUAUGCAUCAUCAUUUAUGCUAUACACAUGUUGUGGAAUUUAUAAAUUCAAAAAUACCAAGCUAUAGAACAAAGGAAAUAUGCAAAUAUUUUGACAAAACUUUAGAUCAGUAUUGUUUUAUGCGUAAUGACAAGUUCAUGGAAAUAUUAAAAGAAUUUUUAUAA